GGCGGAUGAGUUGCGUAAGAACCUUCGAACGAUGAAGUUGCUCUUUUAGAAUAUAAAACUGAAAAGUUCAAUCAAAGUAGAGUUUGCUCAUGCACCUGUGAUCAGUUGAUGCGAUUUUCUCCAGUUAAAUAAUUAUUUUAAGUUUCUUCGUUUAUUUCCGGUGUUGGAGCAGGAAGUCCCUGGAUAUUAUGGCUGAGGUAACUGUUGAUAUAAUCGAGCAAACAGACCAGGAGAGACCAGAGAUGACUCGAGAACCGGUGGAGUGUCUCAUCGAUAUGGAGGAAACUCCGGAUGUGGAUGCUGAUCCAGAUCAAAUGAAUGGAACUCGAACGAUGAAUAAUUACAGUGAUCUCGUGCAAAGAAGCAGAGAUGCGUUUCUCAGUGGAAAAACACGAUCGCUGGAAUGGAGAAUGAAACAGCUCAAGCAAUUACAGAAAAUGCUGAAUGAGAAUAAAGCGGAAAUAAUUGCAGCAUUGGCAAGCGAUUUACGAAGGAGUAAAUUCGAGACAACAGUAUUGGAGAUCGAUACAGCCAUGGGUGAUCUCAAGUUUAUGAUGAUGCAUUUGAAAGAAUUCUUAGCAGUGGAAAAGCCACCAAAGGGUAUUGUGAAUAUGUUUGACUCAGUUGAGAUACACAAGGAUCCUUACGGGGUUGUGCUCGUUAUUGGUGCAUGGAAUUAUCCACUACUUUUGAACAUAAGUCCGUUCAUGGGUGCUAUUGCUGCUGGAAACUGCGUCAUUCUGAAACCAUCGGAAAUAUCUGCAGCAACUGCUAAACUUCUUGCUACUAUUAUUCCAAAAUAUCUUGAUACAGAAUGUUAUCAUGUCGUCUCCGGAGGUGUUCCGGAAACAACCGAACUGUUGAAACAAAAGUUUGAUUAUAUUAUGUACACUGGAUCGAAUGCAGUCGGAAGAAUUGUUCGCGAAGCAGCUAAUAAAUAUUUGACACCAGUGACGUUGGAACUUGGCGGUAAAAGCCCUGUGUAUCUGGACAAUACAGUAGAUCUGCCAGUAGCAGUUAAGCGCAUUCUUUGGGGAAAGUUCGUCAAUCUUGGACAGACAUGUAUUGCCCCAGACUAUGUACUUUGUACUAAAGAGGUUCAGGAUGCGUUUGUCGAGGAAGGAAAGAAAAUAUUGAAAGAGUGGUACGGGGAGAAUCCUAAGGAGAGUCCUGACAUGGCACGCAUAAUCAACGCUAGACAUUAUCAACGUUUGAUGAAUUUGAUGAAUAGCGGUGGUAAAGUGGCAAUAGGCGGUGAGACAGAUGCCCAGGAGAAGUUCAUUGCUCCAACUAUCUUAACGAACGUCCAGCCAACAGACCCAAUAAUGCAGGAGGAGAUAUUUGGGCCACUUCUGCCAAUUGUCAAUGUCAAUAACGCAUACGAAGCCAUUAAAUUUAUAAAUGAACGCGAGUGCCCCCUCACGAUGUACAUAUUUACCAAGGACAGUGGAGUACGUAAUUUGAUAAUUGAUCAAACCCGGAGUGGUUCGAUAUGCGUCAAUGACACGAUUAUGCAGUUUGCGGUUGAUGAACUUCCAUUCGGUGGAGUUGGAGAAUCUGGAAUGGGUUGUUAUCACGGUCGUGCGACUUUCGAUACAUUUGUGCACAAAAAGUCUGUUCUCGUCAAGGACUACAAUCCCAUCGGUGAAGCACUCGCUUCCUCUCGAUACCCACCGUAUUCAGACCGAAAACUGUCGUUCCUCGGUUUGUUACUGGCAAAACGACCUGAUAUCCCUGGGAUCAAGUAUCUACCUCAUCUAAUAAUGUUUGGACUCGGUGUUAUCGUUACUAUUGGGAUCAAAGCUGCCAUCAAGGAGUAUGGAUACCGAGACGACAAUAUGUAGAGGCUGGAACCCUCAUGUUUUUGGAGGAGAAAAAUAAAUUAUAAAAGCGAAAUGGCAAAAUAGUUCGAGUCAAGUGAAUUCUUUGUGAAUGAAGUAAGUUUGAGGUGAGAAGAACGGGAAAGUUGAAUAUAAAUACAACUCUCCUGUUCUCUUGGAAAAAAAAUCCGCACGUUUUUUCGGAAAAUAAAUUCCUAUAAAUGUGCUUUCGGCUAUCGGACUAUUUUAUGAUUUCGCGAUUGUAUAAUCCACGUAGCAUGAAACAUCACAAGUGAUUUUUUACCACGAGUCAUAGUAAUAAAAACCACAAGAUAACAACGAUAGAAAAGGGUGACAAUUACUUUACAUUUUGAUAUUUUUUAUUUUUGGUGGAUGAACAUAAACAUCACUAGGAAUAGUCAUUUCGAUAUUGAGUAAGUGAGGGAUAUGUUUAAAAUAGAAACUGGAAGCUCUUGUAUUACAUAACAAAUUUCCAGUCGUUAAUAAAAAUAUUGCAUAUCUAAAUUACCUAUUUAGCAUGAGCCAUUCCGAAUGUAAUUGUUUUUAAUGUAAGAGAAUUUCUUUAACAUGAUUUUAUUAUUUUGUUUAUGUUGCAAUGUAAUAUAUAUAUUCUAAUAAAAAAAAUGUCUACGA